UUUUGGCUUGCAGAAUUUAGUCAUGGGAAACUGGAGCACCAAAGUCCCACCGACCGGUUUGAACAACGACUAGACAUGGUGGAUGAGACAACACUGAGGAUCAAAGACCUGGAGUUGGAUGACAGUGGCAUCUACAAUGCUCGCAUCUGGUUUAUGAAAUCACAGUUUAAAGAACAGAGUUUCAACCUCACUGUUUAUGAGCCAGUGCCAACACCACAGAUACACUUUCAGGAAGUCUCCCAGACUUCAGAGGGAUGCAGUGUGACCCUGCAGUGCCAGGCACCUAGAAAGGAAGAGUUCAGUAUCUCAUGGAAAAGAGGGAAUCCCCCAAGGGCAUUAGGAAACAGCCUGUACGAGUAUCAGCUUUCUGACAGUGGAAGGAAUCUCCAUGUCUUCUGGCGAAAAGACUCUUCGGACUCGGCGUUCACCUGCCUGCUUACUAAUUCUGUUGACCAAAAGAAUGCCUCCUUUGACUUGCUCAAAAUUUGCCCAGGUGAUGAUGGUGUACAGGUCAGACGCCAGAGGCAUAUUAUCUCCACUGCAGUUGUCAUGUUGCUGAUCAUGAUGGUGGUGGCAGUGAUGUGGAUGUGGAUGAGGAGAAAGUGAAAAUUCAAAAAGAAGGAAAGAGAUAUUCACUCGUCGAUACCGGAGGACAUGGAGAGCUCUUCUGCACACCAGAACUCAGCAAGAAAUCCACAACAAGAUGGUGAGAAUCAGGUGAGAUGAGCUCGUGAAGUGGUAUAAAAUCGUUAUAAUUAUAAAAUCGUUACAAUUGUGAUCUGUUCUUAUUUUGAAAAAACAACCACACAAAACAGAUUACAAACAGGCAACAAGACUAAGCCACAACUACCCCUCUCCCUUACCCAACUCACUGAUCAAGAGGUUGGUUGAUUGAUUUAAAUUUAUAUCCUGCCCAUCUGGCUGGGUGUCCUCAGCCACUCUGGGUGACUUACAACAUAUAUAAAAAGACAACAAAACAUCAAAUAUUAGGGGGCGGGAACCUAUACAA